GUCGUAUACAUGAAUGUUUGCCCAAAGCCAGUACAAUCGUACGUCAAAAAGUAUACGUGAUAACGAUAAAUAUGUUCUGUGCACAAAUUCAUUUUCUACAUGUUUGACAGCUAGUCAACUGUCAGCUUUUAAAAACCUCAACACGAUAACUGUUUGAAAAACAACUUACAAUGGAAGCAGUACCGAGAUUGCCGAUGAUAUAUUUCCAAUUAAAAGUCAGUCCUGAAAUAACUUCGUUUAGAUCAAAGUUGAAGCAGUAUAUACGUGAUUUUUACAACGAAGAUGCAGAAUCGUAUUCAAACGAAAUAUAUCAAUUGGAAAGUUUGCGAGCGAUGGCUGUACGACCACCCAUCGAUAUGGCUGGCUGUUUGUUAUUAAAAAAGUAUUAUUGUCAGUUACAUUUUCUUCAAAGCAGAUUUCCUAUGGGAAAAGAUGGUACAGCAGCAGUUACGUUUACAUGGAGAGACACGUAUGCGAAUAUGGUCUGUUCAUUGGCGAAUAUCCGUUUUGAAAUAAUUUCAAUAUUGUAUAAUAUUGGUUCGAUGCAUACUCAACUGGGAGCACGUACGGAGAGAACUUCAGCAGAUGGCAUGAAAAUAGCUUGUGCUCAUUUUCAGUGUGCUGCAUGGGCGUUUGAGCAUUUAAAAAACAGUUACCCACAGCCAUCUGGCGUAGAUUUAGCACCAGAAUUAAUGACGUUUAUGCAUCAGCUUUGCCUGGCUCAAGCGCAAGAAUGUAUAUUAGAGAAGAGUAUGCUCGAUAAUCGCAAACCCACAAUAGUAGCAAAAGUCGCAAGACAAAUAGUGGAUUAUUUUACUCUGGCAUUAACUACGCUUGAACAAGGUGGAAGCGAAGACGGAACCAUAUCGGAUACUGUUGGUACUAAAAUAUAUAAGAGUUGGAAACGGUAUGUAAAAUUUAAAAAGGCUUACCACUUAGCAGUCACGCAUUUGUAUCAAGGCUUGGCUGCUGAAGAACAAAGGAAAAUGGGUGAAAGAGUAGCAUUUUAUAACGUGGCACUGGCUUCUCUAAACGAAGCGCAAUUAAUUUACGCAAACGCAAAAGGGUCGAUAGGUAUAACGGGUGCAGCUGACGAAAAAACAAUUGUUGAAGAGGCUCUCACAUUCACGAAUGACGUGAUAGAAGGAAAACGAAAAGCAGCAAAAAAUGAAAACGAAUUUAUAUAUCACGAGGAAGUACCUGAAAAGGAAACGCUUCCCACGGUAAAAGGAGCGUCAUUAGUCAAAGGAAUAUCGUUUAGUAUAAAUGAUCCUGAAGUCUCAGGUCCUGAUAUAUUUGCUAGAUUAGUGCCAAUGAAAGUACACGAAGCAAGUUCUUUGUACUCGGAAGAGAAAGCAAAAAUAUUGCGCUCUGUCGGUGGUAAAGUCGAGGAAAAAGAUCAACAGCUCAAUACUUACUUGGCAUCCUUGAAACUCGAGCACAUGAGUUUAUGGGAUACUGAUGUUCAAACCACAGAAUGGGAACGUUUACCUCUUCCCGACGAGUUGGUCGAAAGAUGCGCGGCGCUAAACGCAAAACAACAUGUCAUUCAAGAUUUAGUGGAUAUAAUGGAAAAAUUAUCCGACACCAGUCAAGAUGUUGAGAAAAUAUUAAAGGAAAUUAAGAAACUUCUUCUCGAUGAAGAAUUAAAAGAAAAACAGUAUCAAGACACCGUUGGGAAAAGACCGCCGUCGAUAGUAGCAACUGAUUUAACUAGAGAAGCUAAAAAAUACGAAGAAGCACACAACAAAGCAUCGGAGAGUAAUCAUGCUCUGCAUAAAGCAAUAACGAUGCAUGUAAAAAAUUUAAAACUACUCGCCCAGCCGCUUGCAGAACUCAUUACACAUAUACCUUCACCAAGUGCAUAUUUUUCAGAACAAAACAGCGAGAAAUCACACUCUGCUAUUGAAUUAGAACGAAUGCAUACAAAGGAGCUGAAACGUAUUUUAAAUAAAGUAGACGAAAUGCGUAGACAGAGAAACGAAUUGCAUGGAAAAUUGAGGGACUCAAUUGCGCAGGAUGACCUAACACGCUUAUUAGUUACCGCCACAUCCGAUUCUGGACCCUUGGAUCGUUUAUUUGCUGACCAACUUAGCAAACAUCAAACUGUGGUAACUUUGAUAGAUCAAAAUCUGUCCGCGCAGGACAAUAUUUUAGCAGCUUUAACGGACGCGUACGCUCAGACUGCCAACGUGAGGAAAGGAGUCGAAGAAAUAUUAAAACGUCGUGAACAUACUAUUACUUCUUUGAUAGCGUCUUACGAUGCGUAUGAAGAUUUAUUAGCCAAGUCUAGCAAGGGUUUAGAAUUUUAUAGAAAAUUGGAAAUAAACAUUUCGAAGUUACUUCAAAGAGUAAAGAGCACUUGCAAAGUGCAGGAAGAGGAGCGUGAACAUAUACUCGCUCAGGAUAAUAAGAAUUCUCAAGAAAAAGUCGAUACGUUACCAUCCUCUAAUUACGAUCAAAGCCGCAAAUCUGGUAGCGGUCUUAAAUUGAAAGAUUAUUUAAAUAAUAGAACGGAGAAUGUUCCAAAUCAAUAUUAUAACGUAUAUAAAGGACCAGGUAGACCACUUCAGGUAGACACAACCACAAAAUCAUAUUUGAAUGACACAGUGGAUAAAAACACAAUUCAUUCUGGUGGAAUUUCGAUACCAGACACGGCAUCAGCUGUAAACCCUAUGCAACAGUAUUAUCCUACAUCCUACACAGAUUACAAAACAAAUUUGCCAUAUUCCUAUGACACGACUACGUAUAACGAAAAUCCUGCUGUAAACAGCGCUUUAAGUCAAAAUUAUAUGCAAAUAAAGAACACGGAUACCCUCGGUACUUAUCAGCAAAUAUCUGCAACAGGCUCGACAACGAAUACAACAAAUACCGGGGCCCCAUAUCCGGUAAACACUUUUGUAUCGAAUGAACAGUUCUCGACAGCUUUAGAUGGACAGCACGCGUACCCUGUUAAUACUCAACUACAGUACAACCAUCCUUCCAAUACAUACGAGACGUAUCAACCUUCUGUAGAUUAUACUGGAUGUAAUGUUACACAGCAAUAUCCACCUAAUUUAAAGAAGACUAGCAGCGUUAAAACUGAAGUUCGAGAGGUUUCGGUAGCACAGUCGCCCAUACCCGCAUCGGCUUCGGUCAACAAAAUAAUGGAAGCGCAAUCGCAUCUUUAUGCUACUGUAGAUCAACAAGGACAACAGUACGUGCCUGAAUCCCAACAGAAACUUGUCUCUCAAGAAUCUCUUCAAACCGUUAUCAGCCAGCACGUAUUACCACCGGACAGUUCUCAGAUGCAGAAUUACGUUGUUCCUCAAAUCAGUCAUAACGAAGUUCCAGGUUCACAAAAUUAUAGCAGUCGGAUAUACUAUAAUCCGUCUGAUCCGCAUUCCCAGCAAGUCGCGACGACUAAAAAUAUGUCCGGAACUACCAAUAGCGCUCCAUGCACGCCGUAUAUACCAACACAAUAUAUAAAUGCAGGCAUUCCUCAAUCUGUUCAUUCUACUAUUUCCUUAACUGUUCCAGGAAACGAAAUGUCUACUUCGUAUUCUUCGAAUUUACAAAACAACAAUAUUGUGCAAUACCCACAGCAGAAUUGUACGGAACAGGGUCAACAAAUAUAUAUAGAUAAAGCAUAUUCGUAUGGGUCGCAGGUACCCAUUAACGAUACCUCUUUGAGCUAUCCAAGUACUUAUCAAAGUUUACAGCAUGGCGCCGGAACUUCGUAUCCACAGACCAUGUUGUCCACAGAAGCAUGUAACACAUAUUCAUAUACAAAUUGUCCUACUAACGCAGAAAUGAUUCAGAGUCAUGCAAAGUCAUCGGCUACUCAGAAUUAUUCGCAGGCUUAUCAGUAUGCGCAGCAGCCACAUUAUUCUGGUUACGCUGGCUAUCCUAAUCCUUAUGAUCAGGGAUAUAAUUAUAUGCAAGGGAAUCAAAUAACAAACAUGGCGGCGGAGCCUUACAAUGAUCAAAUGGAAUAUACCUAUAAUUCUACUACCCAAUAUUAUGAAUACAAUUCUAACAAUCUCCAAACAACGCAACCUGUUCAAAUUACACAACAACCUACUGAAUCAAUGACGGAAGCAUGUACUGGUACUAAUGGUCAUCAACAGCAAGAAAGCAACGCGAGAUACACGAACGCUAGCAACAAUUCUAUGGUCAGUCAAACUCCGUCUUCUCAGUAUUCAGAUCAGCCAUAUCAACCUCAAUGUUCAAGUGAUAUUUAUUACACUACACAGUAUGGUCUCCAAAUGAAAACUCAAACAACUACUGACAAAACCGAAAACUACACCAAUUACAAUCAAACGUAUAUGCAAGCUGUUAACAAUGGAACAAAUACAACAACGAGCUCAAAUCCUAUGAAAUCCACCUCAAAGUCGUCAGAGAAAUCCAACGUGGACUUGCUUUCUGAUCUUGAUAUUACGAUAAAUCAUGCGCCGUUAGUACCAGAAGUACGUCCUCUCAAUAAAGGUCAAACGCAAGAAGUAUCUACAGCGAAAGAUGCUACCAACGAGGACAACAAAGAAAAGGAGAAUGAAAAAGAACAAACAAAUGUUCAACCUACUGUUACUGAAGAUAAAGUAGAGAAUGAACAUUUACAAAUUGUAUGGGAUACAUGGUACAAUGAUGUCCAACCAAAGAAAGAUCCUCUAGGAGACCCGGUGGUUUUACAGAAAUUCGUUAGCGAAGUUGAAAAAUAUGAAAAAUUUGUAGACAGUUUACUCAUUAAAACAUUAAGUGGAGCGACCAAUCUUGACAUAAAAUGGAAGGAGGUUCAAGAAUUUGAAGAAAGGGAAAGUGGAAAGCAAUCAUGUACAGUAGCACUGGCUCAUUCUUCGGAGAACAGAGUGACAGAAUGUAUUCCAUAUGAUACAACAAGAGUUCAAAUAUCAUCAACAGAUGUUCCAAAUUAUAUUAAUGGUUCGCAUAUAAUGGAAAUUACACAGUGGAUACCAACAUCAUUUAUCAUUACUCAAACACCAUUACCAGACAAAUUGGAAGUGUUUUGGAUGAUGAUUUGGGAACAAGAAAGCGAGAUAAUCGCGUGUUUAGCGACUGAUUCACAGUUGAAUGGUGAAAUAUAUUGGCCUAUAAACGAAGAAGACAUUUUAAAUAUUGGUAGCUUUACAAUCUCGUUGAAAAAGAGAACGAAUCAUCUAUCCUAUAUUCAGAGAGUUAUGUCUGUAUAUAAUAAUAAGAAAAAAUCUGAAAAGACUGUCAUUCAUAUGCAAUUUCUUACAUGGCCAUCCAACGGUUUCCCCAGUAGUCCCGGUGCAUUACUUACAUUUUCAACGGAUGUGAUGACCGAGCAAGCACUAAGGCGUUGCUCGAAACCUAUAGUUGUACACUGUUUAGAUGGCGGGGCAUUGAGUAGCUUAUUUCUAGUAGCUGCAGCAACAGUAUGUCAUAUUCGUGCUGGAUGUGGAAUAGUCGAUGUACCUCUUGUAUUCAAAGGCCUCUUGAAAUGCCGUAAACAAAUUGUAAAUAAGGAAUCCCUGUUAUUUGCGUAUCAAUUGGUAUUAUACCACGCUCAAGACAUUUUAAUGAAACGUGGCAUUUUAUCAUCUACUCGUUCAACAUUUGAGAACUUCGAAGGAUUUAAAGGAAACAAAGAUAAGACUUCGAGAAAAAUGCAUCCUUCCGACGAUUUUCUUCAAAGUCUUGGCAUUAGCGCUCAGCGUUCUGAUACCGAACUAGGUCGACAGAAAACUUCUACGAAUAGCAGUACGGGACACUCGACUUCAACGUCGAUACAAGAAAAAGGCAAAGAAGGAACGAUCGACCCUUUAAGUCAACUAGAUCCUUUAUGGUCCAUUAGAAGAUAAUCGAAAAAAAUUACAAGUAAAACUUUACCAUGCACUGAUUAAUAAAGCUAUUAUUUAAACGAGCAUUUUCAUUCCUAUGUUUCUUAAAUUAAUGACACGAAUAAGUAUAUAAAAUUAUUAAGACAAUUGUAUAAACAACGCAGUUCGAAUUAGCAUAAAUGAAUUCAUAUUUCUGAAAUAAAAGACAUUUAUUGUUCGAGCGUUUCUUAAUCCUUAAGAUUUAAGGGUUUUACAAUCUGUUAAAUAUAUCAAGUCAAAUAUAUGUAUAAAAUCUAA